UCACACUACAUUCUCCCACUGCCUUUUGCCUUCAAGAGCAUGGGGCAGGCUAAGAGGCAAGUCUGUCUGACUCCAGAGGCAUUGAAAUACUUGUAUGGAUCUGUAUUUUGGAACACACCAUGCUUCCACUGAUGAACAUUCCUUUACCUUGGUGAACCACCUUUAAGUGUUUUAGAUUCUAUACCCAGAAAGAAGAACAGACUAAUUGAACGCAGUUUUUCUAAUAUAGAGUUUGCUUUUAAACAUGCCAACCUAAGCUAAUUCAAGGAAGCUUGGAGAAGUUCCAAGAAGAUCUACAACAGGAGUUUCGGUAUAUCUCUGGCAGUAAUGGGCACAGAAAACAAAAGUUGCACUGAAAGUCUGAGUGUGGAGCAGAACGGUGGCCCAACCAUCAGCGCGAUGAUGUUUGCAGCUGGAGUUCUCGGGAAUCUGGUUGCAUUAGUUCUCCUGGAGUUCCGCAGGAGGAAAGAGAAGAACCGGCAGCGACAAUCUCUGUUCCAUUUGCUGCUGACCACACUGGUCGUUAUGGAUCUAAUGGGAACCUGCUUGAUCAGUCCCCUGGUUCAGACUGCAUACUUAACCAACACCACACUAGUUGGGAUGAGCGAGACACGUGCGGUGUGUGAAUAUUUUGGAUUUGCCAUGACUUUCUUCAGUCUGGCGACGCUCUCCAUCCUCCUCGCCAUGGCACUGGAGAGGUGCCUCUCCAUCGGGUACCCAUACCACUACGGGAGGCAUGUCACCAAACGCUGUGGAUACAUCACCGUCCCUUGCAUUUAUCUAAUCUGCUUUUUAUUUUGCUUAAUGCCAUUUGCAGGCUUUGGGAAAUAUGUGCAAUACUGUCCCGGGACAUGGUGCUUUAUUGCCAUGAAUCCAGAGGGGAUGGAGGACCGGGUUUAUGCAAAUGUUUAUGCCACUGUGAUGCUGCUUAUUGUUAUAGUUAUAGUGGCAUGCAACUGUUUUGUAGUUUACCAUCUGGUGUUAAUGUACCGGAGGCGCAAAAUGAACAGAGGAUCAGUGCAGACCCGGAGUAAAAGGGACAGGAGGUACUUCUCAUGGGCAGAGGAGGUGGAACAUCUCAUUCUCCUGGUCUUCAUGACAGUCAUAUUUGUCAUUUGUUCCCUGCCAUUAAUGAUCCGUGUGUACAUCAACUCCAUGGGAAAGCCUAGAGGCAGCAACAAGACUGAUCUCAUAGCUUUGCGGUUCCUCUCGGUCAACUCCAUCAUCGACCCCUGGGUGUUCAUCAUCCUCAGCCCCUCGGUUUUGCGCUUCCUGUGGGGGGCGCUGUGCAAGACCAGCUUUGUGCCCUCCAGAAACUCCCUGUUCAAAACGUCCAUUACCAAAAACCCAGCAGGCCAAAUCGAGCUGUACCAACCCACUUCCACCUCUGUGGAGACCACACACCUCAACAAGUCAACUGUUCAGAAGAUCUGACGUGAUGUGGACAGUAUUUAUGGACUAGACGGAUCCAUCUAAAAAUCGAUAUGCUUUGGAAGGCAAGGUUUUGAAUAAGUUAUUUGAUAGCAUUCCCAGUCUGUCUGUCUGUCUAUCUAUCUAUCUAUCUAUCUAUCUAUCUA